AGGCACAUUCAGUAGUGCAUGCACAUGGUGAAUUGUUGCAGCACUAUGGUGUUAAACCUGUUCUCGUCUUUGAUGGAGGUUUUCUGCCGAUGAAGCUUGAACAAGAGAACAACUGUGCAAGGUCAAGAAAGGAAAACCUUGCUCGUGCCAUUAAGCAUGAGGCUAUUGGAAAUUCUUCUUCAGAUUAUGAGUUCUACCAGAAGGCUGUUGAUAUAUCGCCUUCAAUUGCGCAUGACCUAAUUCAGGUCUUAAAGCAGAAGAGUGUAUCAUAUGUUGUGGCUCCUUAUGAGGCAGAUGCACAAAUGACAUUUUUGGCCGUAAAUAAGCAAGUGGACACAGUUAUCACCGAGGACUCAGAUCUUAUAGAAUUUGGAUGUCCUAUAAUCAUAUUCAAAAUGGACAAGUAUGGGCAAGGUGUUGAGUUUCAGUAUUCUCGGCUUGACAAGAACAGGGAGAUAUGUUUUGUUGGGUUCACUAAUCGAAUGGUUCUAGAGAUGUGCAUUCUGAGUGGCUGUGACUAUUUGCAAACACUGCCUGGUAUGGGCCUAAAAAGGGCUCAUGCAUUAAUUUCAAAUUUCAAAAGUUAUGAAAAGGGAAUCAUGCAUUUGAGAUAUAGCACAACCACUGUUCCUCCUCUCUAUGAAGAAUCAUUCAGGAAAGCAAUAUUGACUUUCCAGCAUCAACGGGUGUAUGAUCCUGUUGCUGAGGAUAUUGUAAAUUUGUCGGACAUUCAUGAAUGUCAGGGUGGCGAUGUAGACUUUCUUGGCCCAUAUCCUUUAAGAUGUGGAAAAAGGUAUUACUACAGGGGAUUUGGAUCCGUUUACUCAAAUGACAUUUCAGGGAAGAAAUGCAACUUCUGUAGCUGGGCUUAGUGGAACUUCAAAAGUCAAGACCUUUAAGCCUGAAAGUACAACAAAGAAGAUUGAUUUGCCAGUGCAGAAGAAUCUUCUAACUAAUUACUUUUGGUUUGCAUCUAUGAAAGCCAAGAGAAAAUUCAAGAAACCUCGGAAGUCACCUACGAAUACAAGUCCAUUGGAUAUGUCUACCCUAAAAGAGAAUUGCUACACUGAAGCUGAUUCUGGCCAAAUGAGCAUCUCUCCAUCCGCCUAUAACUCUUAAAAGCUGUCUACCAUAACUUCUCAUGAUAUUGUAAGUGAAAGUGGAAAGCCAAGGUGAACCCACGUUUUCGCAUCCUCCAUGCUCUAUACUGGAGGAACAAAGCAUAAGACAUAUGCCCCUCAAAGCUUUUGGGCAAUUACUGAAUCAAUCUGGUCAAGCAGUACUGAAAGAGUGUGAAUCCAAAAACUAUCAAAGUACAACCUAAGGGAUAGUGCGAGGAGUAGAACACAAAAAGGUCAUUGUCAGGAGUCGUUACUUCCAACACAAGCCCAUUAACGAGGACAACCAAGAGAGUAUUGAAGAGAGAUCUCAUUGCUAUACCAAUGUUUCCAGUGAUCUGUCCGAAGAGAAUGGCGAUUUGAGUCUUUCUACCAUGACAAAGAAAAAAG